CUGUGUUGGCCGAACUGACGAUGACGUUUCAUGCAUCAAGACUUGUGAGUGCUCAGCCCAAUGAAGACAACAAAGAAAACUCAAAUCAGAUACACUGCCCCAAAGCUAAUGACUUGGAUGCAAGAUGAUAGAUGUUAACAGACUCAAUGGAUUGCUGCAGGCGAGUAGUUAUAAAUUCUCCCAUCUAUCCUCGCUUUCGGAAUUCAUUCUACUAUAAUCAUUCACAAAGCCUCAGACACAAAGUAUUCAAUCAUACCUUCUACCCUAUUCUUCAGUCCCGCAACCUCCACCAAGACAACAUCCGUCCUUUCAUCAACUCACCCACACCUCUCGAAGCCCUUCCAAUUUUUGUCCUCUCGCUCCAAUGGCCUCUGUCGUCCUAGUUGUUGGUGCCGCCAUCUAUUUCACCGCCGAGAAGGUCCACGAACGCAGGGAAAAGAAGCGGGUCUUGAAAGCUCAAGAAGAUCUACAAUACGGCGUGGUUGAAUUCGAUUCGAUCACUGAUAACACCACGGUCCACGACGAGACGGAACCCCUCCCAGCCUACAAUAAGGCGACCCUCCCACCAUACCACAUGGAGGACCAGCAUCCCGCGUUCAAGUCCAAGAAGCAAAGCGAGCGUUCAUCCCAUCGGUUCUCAAAGGCAAUUGGAUUAAAGCGAUAGGGGAGACAUUCCAUAUCGCAGGAAGGAUGGCGACAUAGCGAUUUUCUUGGGCGUUAGGUCUCCUUUAGCAUUUUGUUCCUUUGGGCAUACAAGUUUCUUUGACUGUUUUUCCCUUUUUUCAGGCAUUGUUAGCACGGUGUUUGUAGGAUAGCAAGUACAUAGAUAUAGUUUGACAGCUGCAAGAAUCAUUCUUGUAUUUCACACGAUAGGGGUUGCAACUGGUGAUUCUACUCCGUAUUCUGCAUCAUUUGCCGGAUCCUCAUCUA